UCGGAACGUAAACAAAGUCCGAGAUUUGUUGUCAAAAUCAUACCGGGAGAGGCCAACGCACACAUAAAAGAGGCUUCAUCCCAAGUUAAUUACAUUCCUUCUAAUCGAAAAUGUGUUGUGAUAAGAUGUAAUUUGUUCGUUUACCACUCCAGAGCAUCGAGAAGAUUUGUGUAUCCAACUGUAGCGCCGCCUCCCUUGAUAAAGAAAAGACGAUACACGAUGAAGCUAAUGUCCAUAUCGUCCGUGUGCGGCAUCAUUUUCCUGUGCUACAUUCUACAUUCCACGUACACACUUUACAUGCUGUUCCGGGCACCGGAAUGUACCGAUACGCCCUGCUACCGGUCCCAGCUGACGAAAGGCAAGUUCCUGCAGCUUUCGUUGUACACCUCCCCGUUGGCCAACCCACCGAAUGCGGCCAAGGUGGCAAAGCUCGGUACCAUCAAUCCGUUCGAUCCGUUUAUCGAGCUUGACCGAACCUUCACCAUCACUUUGCCGAAGGAGACACGUUCCAAUGGUACGCUCUAUCUGUUUGCCGUGCUGACGAAGGGUGCCAAAUCGCUCGACUGGGACUCGGUCCGCAGCCAGAGCACUUCGGUGAUCAAAAAGUUUGGCUUGACGCACUAUAUGGUACCCAGGACGGCCACGAUCAAUCUGCUCAACGAUAAGGGCACAGCAAAAAAGCCGGCCAGAUCCGUGAACCAAAAGCGCGUCGCACACAUACGCCAAAACGUGUUCAUACACAUCAUCACCGAACAGUUUUCCGUCUCGCCAAGGGAUGUACCAGCCGAGCUGGCCCGGGAUAUUCGCAUCACACCCGACAAGCUGGUGAUGCCCAUCAUACGGAAUGAUUUUUCAAAGGAAAAGCUGUCGGAUCUGGUGGAAAUCGAGCCGAAGGCAACGGAAGCAACCGUCACGAUCCACUACGCGCCCAGCUCGGUCGGCAAGAUCAAGAUGUUGGCCCAGAUCGAACGGGCCAUGUCGGAUCUAACGAAGCUAGGGUUCAGCGAGAAGGAUAUCGAUGAGGUGAAAUCGAUCUUCUCCGAUACGAAUGUGUAUCUGCUGUGUGGAACAAUCAUCAUUAGCAGCGUUCAUCUCCUGAUCGACUUCCUUUCGUUCAAAAACGAUAUCAUGUUCUGGAAGCGCAAACGGCACUACGCUGGCCUGUCGCUGCGAAGCACCCUGUGGCGCACGUUCAGCCACAUUAUAAUAUUCUUCUACCUGAUGGACGAAGAAACGUCCCUGCUGAUCCUGAUACCGACCGGCAUUGGCACGCUGAUUGAGAUGUGGAAGGCGAAGAAAAUCCUCAAGCUCGACAUUAGCCUGCGUCACGGUGUACGGUUCCGUGCGAACGAUGCCGCCGGUAUCGCGGAUGCUUCCAUUCAAACGCAGGAAAACAAUACACUCGAGCUGGACAAGGAGGCGAUGCAGUAUCUAAGCUACGUGCUGUACCCACUGUGCGUUGGUGGAGCCAUUUAUUCACUGCUCUAUCUUCCCCACAAAAGCUGGUACUCGUGGACAAUCAGCUCACUGGCAAACGGGGUGUAUGCGUUCGGGUUUCUGUUUAUGCUGCCGCAGCUGUUUAUCAACUACAAGCUGAAAUCGGUCGCCGCCCUACCGUGGCGUGUGUUCAUGUACAAAGCGUUCAAUACGUUCAUCGACGAUGUGUUUGCCUUCAUCAUUACGAUGCCCACUGCCCACCGGUUCGCUUGCUUCCGGGACGAUAUCGUGUUUCUCGUGUACUUGUACCAACGCUGGUUGUAUCCGGUCGACAAAUCGCGCAUUGACGAGGACGAGCGUGCACUGAUGGGAAAAGAUCAAACCGAUACGACCGAUACGACCAGCGACACUGAGCAGAAGUCAAAGAAGCUCGAUGGGAAGGAAAAUAAGAAAGACAAUUAAAACGUGCUAAUACAGUUAACAGGCAGCACAACUAAACUGUAAGAAGACCUUUUCCAAUUGCAAAAUGCAAUAUGAGGCAAGCAUGCGCUAACGCACACCCACAAAAAAAGAACGUUUUAUUGCAUUUAAGAUUCGAAAAGCAUUAUUGAAAAAGUUAAACAAAUUAUAGUAGUACAACCUGUUAGAAGUACAUCGUUGCGAGUCAUUCAGUUCCAUCCAUUUUUAUUUUUUUAGAAUUAGUAAAUGAAAUACCGUACUUUAUACUUAUUUUUUCACAACAUAUAACGAAAUGCUUUGGCGGAACCGUUUGUAGUGAAUUGUAUCGUACUGCUCUUUGAAUACAGAAUGAAAAUAAAAGCAUACAAAGUCGAAUCAAUCUUA